UUCGUCCGCUUUCACAGACUCACUGCGGCUGGCGGCUGGCUAAAACCCUAAACCCCGAAACUGCACUGGCGGUUUUCUAAAAGUAAAGCACAAAGCUCUGCUGUCAGCGUUACCCGCUCCUCCUCGGUUUUCUUCUCACUGCCGAGCUCGCUCCGCCCUAAUACGUCUUUUGUAUAUUUUUUCACUCUCUGCAAUUUUUCUGUCGACUUUCAUGGCGUCUGUGAGCUUGAAGAAGAACUAUCGCUGCGUUCCUUCUUUACAGCAGUUCUACACGGGAGGACCUUUCGCCGUCUCCUCGGAUGGGUCUUUUCUUGUCUGCGCCUGCGACGAUAAGAUAAAGAUCGUUGACUCGUCCAAUGCUUCAAUUAAGUCGAUAAUUGAAGGAGAUACGGAGUUGGUUACAGCCCUGACUCUGAGUCCCGAUGAUAAGCUCCUUUUCUCUACCAGUCAUAGCAGACAAAUUAGGGUUUGGGAUCUCUCCACUUCCAAAUGCUUGCGUUCUUGGAAGGGGCAUGAAGGUCCCGUGAUGCGUAUGGCUUGUGAUGCGUCUGGUGGAUUGCUCGCUACAGCCGGAGCAGAUAGGAAAGUACUUGUAUGGGAUGUUGAUGGGGGAUUCUGUACUCAUUACUUCAAGGGCCAUAAGGGGGUUGUGACCAGUAUCAUGUUCCACCCUGAUCCCAAUCACCUACUUUUGUUCUCUGGGAGUGAUGAUGCAACUGUUCGGGUCUGGGAUCUUGUAAGUAAAAAGUGUGUUGCAACACUAGAAAAGCAUUUCUCAGCAGUAACUUCCUUGGCAGUAUCUGAAGAUGGAUGGAUCUUGCUCAGUGCUGGAAGAGACAAGGUUGUCAACUUAUGGGAUCUGCGCAACUAUAGCUUCAAGAUGACUGUAGCAACAUAUGAAGUGCUUGAAAGUGUUCAUGUUAUUAAUCCUGGAACUUAUUUAGCUUCUUGUCUAGGAUCAUACAAAGAUUUUAACGGGAAGAAAAACAAAAAUAUGUCAACACCGAUUUAUUUUCUCACUGUUGGUGAACGUGGGAUUGUACGGAUAUGGAACUCUGAAGGUGCAAUUUGCUUAUUCGAGCAGCAGUCUUCAGAUGCUACCAUCACCUCUGAUAAGGAUGAUGAGAAAAGAGGGUAUACAGCAGCUGUUAUACUGCCACUAGAUCAAGGAUUGCUCUGUGUGACAGCUGAUCAGCAGUUCCUCUUCUAUUCUCCAAUCCAAUCUCUUGAAGAAAGGUUCCAUUUAAAGCUGAGCAAAAGACUUGUAGGUUACAAUGAAGAGAUUGUGGAUAUGAAGUUUUUAGGCGAGGAGGAACAAUUCCUUGCUGUAGCUACAAAUCUUGAACAGGUGCGAGUAUAUGAUCUUGCAUCCAUGUCUUGUGCAUAUGUAUUGGCAGGACACACUGAUAUUGUUCUUAGCAUUGACACCUGCAUUUCAAGUUCUGGUAGAACACUUCUUGUGACUGGAAGCAAAGACAAUAGUGUUAGAUUAUGGGACCAUGAAAGCAGGUGUUGCAUUGGAGUUGGUACAGGCCAUAUGGGGGCUGUUGGGGCUGUUGCAUUUUCAAAGAGAAGGAAGAACUUCUUUGUCAGUGGCAGUAGUGAUCGCACACUUAAAGUGUGGAGUUUUGAUGGUUUGUUGGAGAAUGCCGAGCAGUUCAUUAAUCUGAAAACCAAAGCAGUUGUUGCAGCGCAUGAUAAGGAUAUAAAUUCUCUAGCUGUUGCACCAAAUGAUAGUCUUGUUUGUAGUGGUUCCCAGGACCGAACAGCUUGUGUGUGGAGGCUUCCAGAUCUAGUGUCUGUUGUGGUACUCAAGGGUCACAAAAGGGGGAUUUGGUCUGUAGAAUUCUCACCUGUUGAUCAAUGUGUUAUAACAGCAUCUGGUGAUAGAACAAUAAAGAUAUGGGCUAUAUCUGAUGGUUCAUGCUUAAAAACAUUUGAAGGCCAUACAUCUAGUGUAUUACGAGUUUCAUUCCUUAGUCGUGGGGCCCAGUUUGUUUCUUGUGGUUCUGACGGCUUGUUAAAAUUAUGGACGGUCAAAACUAAUGAAUGUAUUGGUACCUAUGACCAACAUGAAGACAAGGUGUGGGCACUGGCUGUUGGGAAGAAGACUGAAAUGCUUGCAACUGGUGGUAGUGAUGCAGUUGUAAAUCUGUGGUAUGAUUGUACUGCUGCUGACAAAGAGGAGGAAUUCCGUAGAGAAGAGGAAGGGGUUCUGAGAGGUCAAGAACUGGAAAAUGCUAUUUUGGAUACUGAUUAUGCUAAAGCAAUACAAAUUGCAUUUGAACUUCGCAGACCUCAUAGACUUCUUAAUCUAUUUGCAGAACUUUGCAGGGAGAGACAUGCUGAAGAGCAGGUCAACAAAGCUCUUUCUGUACUUGGGAAAGAAGAACUACAUCUGCUUUUCGAGUAUAUUCGAGAAUGGAAUACAAAACCUAAAAUUUGUCAUGUUGCUCAAUAUGUGCUGUUUCGGGUAUUUAAUAUAUUUCCUCCAACAGAAAUAGUUGAGAUUAAAGGUGUUGGUGAGCUUCUUGAGGGAGUAAUACCUUAUUCACAGAGGCAUUUCAACAGGCUUGACAGGCUAAUAAGAAGCACGUAUUUGCUGGACUAUACUUUAAAUGCAAUGUCUGUUAUUGAACCGGAAACUGAUUCUAGAAAAUUGAAAGGCGAAUCUGUAGUUUGCUUGGAUGAGAAAGAAACAAAUGAUAUAUCGUUGGAAAACAAUGAAAACAAGGAUGAAAAAGAAGUUUUUGAAGAGAUGAAUGAGGUCUCUGCAAGGAAACGAAAGUCACGCAAAUCCAGAGGAGGUAAAGGAAAGAAGGCCAAGAGUGUAGCAUACACAAGAGCAUCGGCUAUUUCAUUACAGGCAUAAUACUUGUCACUUUCAACAUUAUUUACCUCAAUCUUUCAUCCAUCAGAAGUUAAAUGUUGCCGUCCUCUAGUUGCUAGACGCAGAGGAGACUGGUUUUGGUUGUAAGAUUUAAGGCUUAUUGCUUAGAACACAAAAUUCGUUGUAAUUCUUGAUCUUUCUCAUUGAUUUUUUUUUUAUACAAAUCAAAUCGCAUCAGAGACAAUGUAAUAUUAGAAAGGAAAUGUCCUUCACUCUGUACAUUUCCUUGUUUCAAAAGUUGAUGUAUCUUUCAACAGAAUUGAAAUUUUGAGUUUUGACAAUUUCAACACUUGGGGCUAAUGUCCAUCAAACAAAAGAAAGAAAGUGAUUGUAUGA